GAGUGUGCAAAAUCUGUGAUAUAGGUUUCUCUCCAAUGAAGUAAAAUAAAGAAAUACAUCUUAAUUCUUAUUUAGAAAGAAAAGGCACAAAAUUUUCCUUGGUAAGAAUUAGCAAUGUAAAUGAUUGAAGACUUUCAGUCCUAUGUAGCACGCAGGUAUAAAAUGUACAGAGACAGUCAUUACAUUAACCUUUAAAUGCAUAUUCACGACAAUGCACAGGGCAUCAUGCAUGAUCAAGUAUGACAGUCUGCCUCAAAUGCAUUUAUCAAAUUCUUUCCGCAUCUUUACACAAAACAAUCCUUCAUCUUCAUCUUCAUCAGAUUAAUUAUCUCUAAUGGCAUAAUUAUGAACCAUAAAUUAAAAGAUGAUGGAUGAAAGACUCAUGUAUAAUAUUUUAUUUUCUUCGAAAACUUUUACAACUCAUUUGAUAAAAAAUGAGGCAGUUAAAAAAAUAGGCAAAAGCCAUUGAUUGUUAAAUAUCAUUGAUCAGUGCAGAUCAAAGAUACAUCUAACUAAAAUCAACUUACAUUUAAAUGACACGUUGAUGUGAUGCAGAAAGAAGAAAUAUUUUUCCAAUCAGAAAAAAAAGGGCUCAGGACAGACUGCUAUCUUUAUAAUGACUGUAUGACUAUCAUAAGCUCUACAUACUUUCCCUCAGAGAUCACUUAACAAAUCUACUGAAUUGGAAUUUUGUUUUGAUAUAUAAUAGUACCUAUAAUGAAUUUUGCUGAAUAUCAGUAGAAAUCUGACACUUUAGCCAAAAUGUGCAGAUGUGAUAUGGAAACUCUUUGAUAAUGAAGCAGUCCAACUGUAUCAAAUAAUAAAAACACUUCUCAAACAAAGAUAACCACACAUAAACAAAACAGUACUAACAAGAAAUCUUUAAGCCAAUGCUCACUAGUGAUACUACUGAUGUAAAUAAACAAGAAAAGCAAAGUCGAAAUUUAACAGGAAGCUGAUAUCAAAUUUGUUAAAAAAUGAAUCCAACCAUAUUGCAUGCCUAAACAAAGAAUGUGUUCAAGUUUCAACCAUGCAUCUGCAAUGAAUGGUUACUGAGAAAACUUUGACCAAAACUUGUUAAAAAAUUCAGUAUAAAAAUAAACAAAGUCUUUAUUUAACAGGAAGUUGCAGUAUGAUUGGUACAAAAAUGAAUCCCAACAAAUAGCAUACCUACACAAAAUGCAUGUACGAAUUUCAAGCAUCUGUGAUUAACAGUUGCUGAGAAAUCUUUGAAGAAAAUUUGUUCGAUAAUAUUUAGUCUAAAAAUAAUCAGUAGUCAUUUAACAGGAAGUUGAUAUAUGAUUGGUACAAAAAUCAUAUGGCAUACCUAAACAAAAAGUAAGUUAAAAUUUCAAGCAUCUGUGAUUAAUAGCUACUGCAAAAAAUGUGACAGAAAUUUGUUACGGACAGACAGACAAAAGGGUAAAACAGUAAAUUCCACAGGGGUAUAUUAAAUAUCACAAUGAAGGUGAUCAAAAUAAGAACACCUGAGAUGAAACAAGCCAGUAUCAAAAGGUGCCUUCAAUUAACAACUCACUUUUCUUUUGUUGUUGUGAUUCAGAAUUUGAACAGGCACACAUUAUAUGCACUGAAGGAAAAAAUCAAUGGAGUAGGUAAAGUGGGAAGAGUCACAAAAUUCUGCUAACAAAUUGAUUGACAAGUAAAUUGACACUCAGAAGAGGAAAAAAAGAACCAACUGUUUGGUGGUCUCUUAGAAUCAAUGGUCUUCUUGAAUAGCAAGAAGAAUCAUCACAGAGGGUUUAGUAAUCCAGGACACAAGUGGGAUGUUCUAGUGAGAGAAAAACUGUGCACAUCAUUGACAGCCUACAGUGUGGAUGAGCAAAAGCAAUUUAGGAUGUAAUUUAUUAAUAAUCUUGGAUCUUGUUUAAGGAUUAUCAAAAUCUAUGAUGGCUAAAUGCAAGAACAUUAGUAAUGAGAAUUUCUCCAUUGAAAACAAAUCCAUGGAGUGGAUUCUAGAAAAAAACAUGCAUUUCAUUUUCAUGGAGAUUGGAGUCCCAGCUGUGAGUGCCUUUGGAUUGGUCGGCAAUGUGCUUAGUUUACUUGUGCUAACUAAAGAGAAAGUAAACCACUGUUUGACUAGGAUGGAAAAAUCUGCUCAUAUAGGAUUAAUUGCCUUAGCUGUCUCUGACUUCAUGUUCUGUCUGUUAGCCUUGCUGUUCACAAUUCUUCCACCACAGGAAACAUAUCUUGAGCCAAAUGGAGUAAUGUACUACAGGUGGCUUGGCAGUGGUUUUAUCACAUUUUUCAUCAUUAACAGUACGUGGCUAAUUGUUGUCAUGGCAGGAGAGAGAUAUAUAGCUGUCUGUCACCCUUUCAAAGCUAGAAAACUCAUAUCACUGAAAAAAACAAAAAUUGCCAUCUGUCUGGUCUAUGGGAUCUGCAUGAUUUCAACAAUACCUUUAUUUUUUGAGCAAGAAAUUGUGGAAAUAAUCUGUGUUGAUGGCUCAAAGCAGUACACAAUUGAAAAACGGAAAAACUACAGUGAUCACACUCGUAGGAUGUUAUGGUCCAUUAUAUUUGACUUCAUUCCAAGCAUAGCUUUGUUGUACUUUAACAUUUGUCUGGUAUGGAAAAUUAAAAAAGCGAAAAAAAUACGGCGGGAGAUGACUCAGGGUCAAGGAAACAAUCUAGUUAUGUAUCGCUCUUCAUUAAAGAGCACAGAUGACCAAGGCACUCAUUCCUCCUCCAGAUCUAAUAACAGCUGCAAUGAAUAUCGUAAAACAGAUCUAGCAGAAAACUCUCUGAUAAGUACCGGUACAAGACCAGGAACCGUAACUCGCCACAAGAGGGGAUCAGACAGUGCUUUAAACAGUGUAACAGCAACUUUGGUAGCUGUGGUCGUUCUCUUUUUGAUCCUUGUUUCUCCCUCUGAAGUUAUCAAGUUCAUUUACGCUAAAAUUUAUCUUAUAGACUGGAUUGGUAAAAACAAGCAUUUCCAUUACUACAAAAUUAUACUACAUGUGACAAACUUUAUGCAAGCGUUAAAUUUUUCUGUUAACUUCAUCUUGUAUUGCGCUGUUAACAAAUCUUUUCGUAAAACUCUCCAAAGUCUCAUUUGCAUCUGCCAGCAACAAAGACCUAGGACCCAAUACAUCAAGAGAAUUCCAAAUCGUAUAGCAUAACGAAUCAAAGUGAAUUUCUGUACACCCGCUAUUUCAAGAUGAUUGGGACAUUCUAAACACUGUUCAUUUUGUUUUCAUCAUACAUGAUUUUCCAAAUCUACUAUUAUCAUCAUGGUUGCUGCAUCUCAUUUAUCUUCUUACAAAAUAUCUUGUAAGCCUUUCUACCGCAACUCAGCAGAACUAAUAACAUGUUUUAUGAUGCUACAUAAUUGCUUUUGAAAAAGAUUGUAUGUUCUUAACUGAGAUGAUCUUCACUAUUAAAGGAUAAUUGAAUUUUUCAAAGUAAGUGAGAUGUCUUUGUUGUCUAUAAUAUUAGAAGCCUUUGAAGGAUAAACAAAGGAACAUUGAUGUGGCUAUCAACUGUUGCCUUAUAAAAAUGUUCAGUAAAAAUCUUUUCAUCCUGUGUGAAUACGCUAGUAAAUGAAAGGUGCCUGCAGGUUUAUUUGAUUUAAGAUAUAGCUUCUUUCAAUGAUGCUUCAUAACAAUAGCCUGGUUAGAUAGUCUCCCAAAAAACAGAAUUAAACAAGCUUUAGCCUUCUUCUUUAAAAUGAUGUCAAAUUCAAUAUACUAUAGGUAUCAGAAUUACUUUUCCCAUGAUUAAACAUAGAAUGUCAAGAAAUUGUUUUAUUUUCUACACAAUUCCUUUAAAGCCGUAAAAUACAGGAAAAAGAUUCUUCAAAUCAAUUAUGACGUCAUAAUGGUUCUAGCACCAAAAAGACAUUCUGGAAUCAUUUACUAGAUCUUGACCUUUAAAUCAGUUGGCAAUACUACUGGCACUGUACCAGUUAUUGGCUAAAAUUUAACGUUUUCCUUUCUUAUUUCUUGAUUAUUUUUUUUUAUAAAACUUGACAUACUUUAAAUGGUGAACUCCUUAUUUAUCCAUCUGUAUGAUAUCAUUACUUAGAACCCAAAACAUCUGGUUUUGUGUUUUUAAGCAUGCCCCAAAUUUGCAGAGUUUUUACGAUUUAUCGUCUUUGUGAUUAUGACAUAGUAAAAUCCCUGUACAUGUUGAUUUUAUACUUUACAAAAUGUAAUUUGAAUUAUGCGGGGUCAGACUAAAGGUCAUAGGGGUUAUGAUACAUAAACAAAACUCAUAAAAUUAUUCGUUUGUUAUCAUACGGUAAUAUAUAAAAUCACAGACUAUUCAAUAAAGUAAUCGUGCAAUCAGGCAAUUGCGC